AUGCCACCUUUAUCCUUAUGGGACCCAAGAAACGCGGUUUUAUCGUGGACUAAUGAAACAUGUCGCCGAGUGAAAGAUACUCCUAAAGCACGCGAACAAAGUUGGUUCAAAGGAGUGUUCGCAGAAGCAUCUCAAACUCAAGGUCUAAAAAGGGUUUUACAAGAUAUUGAAAAUAAUAAAGCGGAAAAUCAUUCCAAAAACAGACAAUUUUAA